AUGUCACAGACCGUCGGCGCUACCAGACUAGCCUACUCGCGAGUGUGGCACCACAUCUCUGCGGCUGCCCCGCACCCUGAGCUCAGCACCAAGAAAGCCCCCAACGAAAUCACUCCGCCGUCUCUGGGCCGGCUCGCGUCGCGCAUUGCAACCCUGCUGAUGGGAAAGCACAAGCCGAUGUGGGAUCCAUCAACCGACUGCGGCGACUACGUGGUGGUGACCAAUUGCGCGGCGUUGUACACGACGGGCAUGAAGAAGUGGCGCAAGGUGUACUACCGGCACAAUACGCGCCCGGGCUCGCUCAAGAAGAUUACCAUGGACGAGCUGAUGGAGAAGCACGGCGGUGCCGAGGUGCUGCGCCGCGCCGUUAGCGGCAUGCUGCCCAAGAACAGGCUGCGCGACAAGCGCCUGGCUCGGCUCAAGUGCUUUGAGGGCGAUGCGCAUCCGUAUAAGAAGAACCUGAUUCAGUUUGGUGGGAAGCCGGUUGGAACACCUGGGUGGGAGGAGAUGGCUAAGACGAUUCGGGAGGCUGAGUUGCGCGCGAGGAUAGGUGCUCCGGGUGAGUAA